CAUCCUGUGCUGUUACGAAAUAAAGCUCGAAAGCUUCGCAAAGAGACCGGAGAUGAGCGAUGGAAGGCUCCAAUGGAGAAAAUGAACAAGUCGAUACCCAGAACCAUUGCGUACUCCUUACUUCGGCCAGCUCAGCUCCUCAUAUUUGAGCCAAUGGUACUCAACCUCUGCUUAUUCUCAGCUAUUCUUCUAGGCAUAUUGUAUUUGUUCUUCGGAGCUUUCCCGCUUGUCUUUGAGGGAAACCAUGGCUUUACUUUGUCCCAGACAGGAAUGUCAUUCCUGGGCAUCUUUGUUGGCAUGGUUCUGGGGUCGUUCACAGAUCCAAUCUGGCACAAGAACUAUCAGAGACUAAUCAAGCAGCGGGAAGAGAGGACGGGCGAAAUCGGCGGGAGUGAGCCCGAGUAUCGACUGCCGCCCGCGAUCGCGGGCGCUAUUCUCGUACCUACAGGUCUCUUCAUGUUCGCAUGGACGACUUACAGUUCGGUCCACUGGAUUGUGCCUAUUAUCGGCUCGUGUAUUUUUGGAAUUGGGACAUUGCUGGUCUUCAGUGGCGUUUUCACCUUCUUGGUUGAUGCUUAUCCGCUGUAUGCGGCCUCUGCCUUGGCCGCCAAUAGCUUUGCGAGGUCCAGCUUUGGUGCCGUCUUCCCCCUAUUCGGUGUGCAAAUGUAUCACAAGUUGGGCGAUCAAUGGGCUACGAGUCUUCUGGCUUUCUUGACUGUAGCCAUGAUGCCCUUCCCAUAUCUCUUUUUCAAAUAUGGGAAGAAGAUUAGAGGAAAGAGUCGCUUUGCGACAGGUUGAUCUAAAUAUUUUCUUUCUAUAUAUAUGGUAGAUGUUAGAUUUGCGAUACUUCUAGACUUCUAGAUGUUCGACAGGCAUAGCGAGAUUUUAUACAACAUCAAAAGGGCGAAAUUAUAGGAAACCAAAAUGAAUCUAUACCGCAUUACCAUCG